AUGGUUGAUGGAGACAGAAGUAAAGGAACGAAGGUCCAUUUCCGCAUCAUGUAUGAUGGAGGAAAUUGCCCAAGGGAUCUUCCAUUGCCUUUUGAUUGCGUUGAUGACGCACAAAUUGUCACCUUCAAUGAUAAUAUGGAUACAAGAAAUCUGGCAAACGUAGGAGGACUGAGUUUACGGGCAAGAUCUUCAUUGAAGCCGGAGAUCACCCACGACGGUGAGGACCUCCACCGUGCCACCCGCCCAUGGUUCCUCCUCCGUCGUUGGUUCUUCUCUUCCGUCGCUUUCUUUUCCCCCAAUUCUCUCUCCUCCGCCCUCCGCCGCCUCGCCUUCGUCCUCAUUUUCAUCGGCUUUCUCUCUCUCCUUUACUCACUUCCCAUUGAACAGUAUCUGAAGGAUUUCUUGCUAUGGGUCAAGGAGGACCUUGGGCCUUGGGGCCCUGUUGUAUUGGCUAUUGCGUACAUCCCUCUCACGGUUCUAGCAGUUCCUGCCUCAGUACUUACGCUUGGAGGAGGUUAUCUCUUUGGGUUGCCAUUAGGAUUUAUUGCUGAUUCAACUGGAGCCACAAUUGGUGCUACCGCGGCUUUUCUUCUUGGAAGAACAAUUGGAAAAUCUUAUGUCAUUUCAAAGCUUAAAAACUACCCCAAGUUCCAGGCAGUUGCCAUUGCUAUUCAGAAAUCGGGCUUUAAGAUCGUUUUGCUGCUUCGACUCGUACCCCUCCUUCCAUUCAACAUGUUGAAUUACCUCCUGUCUGUAACUCCUGUCAAUUUGGGGGCUUACAUCCUAGCUACUUGGUUGGGAAUGAUGCCAAUCACAUUUGCUUUCGUAUACGUUGGAACUACAUUGAAAGACCUUUCUGAUGUCACUCACGGAUGGAAUGAGGUUUCAACAGCUAGAUUGGGUUUUAUUGGAUUGGGUCUAAUUGUAUCUGUGGUGCUUAUUAUGUCUAUAACCAGAAUUGCUAAAGCAUCGCUGGACAAAGCCUUAGCUGAAAAUGCUGAUGUUGAGUGUAUUUUGGCUUCAGACGAAGCAUCAAAACUUCCCACUGUAAAGGAGUCCCCUUCAGAUUUUUGGCAACCUCUCGUUAUCAAAAUUGAUCCAUCCUGAGAAGAUUUUGAGCAAUAACUGACAUGUAUAUACUCAUUUGAGUCUUGCAACAGUAGGUUUCAAUUGAACUAGAAACUUUUGAAAAGAUUGCAGAUAAAAGAAGGGGUAAGCGGAGGGCCGGAAGGGUUAAGCGCAAAGAGUAAAAUUUUGUAUCAUUGUUUCUAUUUUCCUGCAUCUAGUUUCCUUGUAUAGUCUUGCAAUUUCAUGCACUAUUUUCAUACAUAUUAGUUACUUAGACGAAUCAAGUACGGAGAAGAACGCAGAUGUAUGUUUGUAUUGCUCUUGUUAUAGAUCAAGAAGCUUCUAAGAUUAGGUGUAAUGCACUUUUUGUACUAUAGUAACUCGAUCUUUGCUUAGCACAGUUUCUUUGUAUCUUUUGUGUUC